CUGUAGUACGUUCUCGUCCUCACAGCAAUAGCAGCUGCACAAAUUCUUUCUCUCUUCCAUUUCUGGUUUUACUUUUCUUCAUAUUCAAUUUGCAUGUAAUUUGAUCAAUACAAUACUAGUGAAAUUGCAAAUAUGGAUCGACCAUUGGGUCGAUGUGCAACACUGUCUGCAGCAUUCUUUUCCGCAUUGAAUAAAACUGAGGAGAACUCUUCUUCUAACCAGGUGGACAAUCCCAAUGAUAAGGCAGAUUCUCUUCUGCAAAACUCAGUUCCAAUGAUUAAUGAAGCUUGGGAAUCUCUGAGGCGCUCCAUGCUAUAUUUGAAUGGUGAUCCGGUCGGUACAAUUGCUGCUUUGGAUAGUUCUAAUGAGAAACUUAAUUAUGAUCAGGUGUUUGUAAGAGACUUUGUGCCAAGUGCUCUGGCUUUCCUGAUGAACAAGGAAUAUGGCAUUGUUAAAAAGUUUCUCGAAAUGACUCUUCGCCUUCAAAAUGAGCGGAAAGUUAUUGAUAGGUUUCACCUAUCAGCAGGUGUAAUGCCAGCUAGCUUUAAGGUGAAACGUGAAGCAGGAAAGAACCAUGAAUCCGUGGUUCCUGACUUUGGUGGAAGUGCAAUAGGCAGGGUUGCUCCUGUUGAUUCUGGAUUUUGGUGGAUUAUAUUACUUCGUGCUUACACAAAGUCUACAGGAGACACUUCCUUGGCUGAUAGCGAUGCUUGUCAAGAGGGUAUGCGCCUGAUUCUGAAUUUAUGCCUUUCAGAAGGAUUUGACACUUUUCCAACUCUGCUAUGUACUGAUGGAUGCUGUAUGAUUGAUCGCAGAAUGGGUCUGUAUGGUUAUCCAAUUGAAAUUCAAGCACUGUUCUACAUGGCUUUAAAGUGUGCUAUGCAUUUGCUUAAGCAAGAUAAGCAAGGGAAUGAGUUUCUAGAUCGAAUUCUGUUCCGCUUGAAUGCCUUAAGCUAUCAUCUGAGAAACUAUUUUUGGUUGGAUUUAAAGCAACUUAACGAUGUAUAUCGAUACAAAACAGAAGAGUACUCACAUACUGCAGUAAACAAGUUUAAUGUGAUGCCUGAUUCUCUACCUGAUUGGAUUUUUGAUUUCAUGCCUCAUCGUGGUGGUUACUUCAUUGGUAAUGUGAGUCCUGCUAGGAUGGAUUUUCGUUGGUUUUGCCUUGGUAAUUGCAUUGCAAUUUUGUCAUGUUUGGCUACUCCUGAGCAAUCCACUGCAAUCAUGGAUCUCAUAGAAUCACGCUGGGAUGAAUUAAUCGGUGAGAUGCCAGCUAAAGUUUGUUAUCCUGCACUUGAAAAUCAUGAGUGGAGGAUCAUAACAGGCUGUGACCCCAAAAAUACUAGAUGGAGUUACCAUAAUGGAGGAUCUUGGCCAGUUCUUUUAUGGCUUCUCACCGCGGCUUCGAUCAAGACUGGAAGACAGAAGAUUGCAGAACACGCACUUAAAAUUGCUGAGACCAGAUUGCUGAAGGACAAUUGGCCCGAAUAUUAUGAUGGAAAGCUAGGUAGAUGUAUUGGGAAGCAAGCUAGGAAAUGCCAAACUUGGUCUGUUGCUGGUUACUUAGUUGCUAAGCUGAUGAUGGAGGAUCCAUUACAUUUGCGUAUGGUGGCCUUCGAGGAAGAUAAACUCCUAAGUCCUCAACACAGAAGAUCAAAAUCAUGCCCAUGGUGAUGAGGUAAAUGCAAUGGAAAAAGUGCAAGGUGAAACACUGUAAAUGAAACACUGCAAAGAAUUAUCUACAAGACUUAAUUAGUUCAACUUUUUAGAGUAUGUUGACUAUGUUCUCUCUUUGUGAGAUGCAUUACCCUAAUAAUUGCUUGUUGCUUUGUGCCAAAGUUUCCUGGGAAUUGCAUGAAUUUCUUAAUAGAUGAUAUAUACAGUUAGCUAAAAGAGCCUUUGUUAUUGUUAGAAUUAAGAUCAUUAAGGCAUUAGACAAAGAAUGUAUUAACGUAAUUUCUUGAUGGUUGGAAUCAUCACACUUCUGCAUAACACCAGUACAUAUCAUUCCUUCAUCAAUA